AUGGUGAUUUGGGUAAUUGUGCGAUGGAUUCAUGAGGCAUCCUCUCCUCUAAAUCUCACCCAUAAAGUGAGUUUUACUCAACAACUCUCUUUACAGGGUUUGGGGUUGCGAAUUCACCCAAUUAAGAAUAAGUACAUCAAGGUGGUGCAUUUAUUAGCAGUUCCGGAGGGUUACUUUAAGUUGAAUGUUGAUGGUGCUUCUAGAGGAAAUCCUGGCCCAUGUGGUGGAGGGGGUAUCAUCAGAGAUGGAAGAAAUGGUUUAAUUAGUGCUUUCUCUAACAUUUAUGGUUCAGACUCCAAUUUAGUUGCAGAGGCUAUGGCUUUGCUGGAUGGCUUACACUUGCUGGUUGCACUUAAUUUAGAGAAGAUAAUGGUGGAAUUAGACUCCAAACUUAUGAUUGAUAUUCUCAAUAGUAUUUGUGCAGCCCCUUGGAAACUUUGGUUUUGGUUGUCUCAGGUUCAGGAGCUUAGAAAUAGAUUGAAUUUCUUUUGUGUUCAUAUUUACAGAGAGGCUAACCAACCGGCGGAUGCUCUUGCGAAGCUUGGUUGCUUAGAGUCUCAAAAAACUAUUUAUGAUUGCACAGAUACACUUUCUUCACACGUACAACACUUGAUUACAGCAGAUGGUUUAGGUCUUUCUUUUUUGAGAAUUCGUUAA